AUGGUGAUCGAAGGCUGGCUUGAGCCAGAGUGCGUUGUCGUUGCGUCUGUGGGUUCCGGUAGGUUGCCGGCAGUGUCUGGCUCGGUGACUGCCUCGAAGAAGCCGCCACUGCCGUUUGCACCGAAACCCCCUCCCUCCGUGCUGGAGGCCCCGAAUCCACCAGAGCCGGCUCCACCUACCGCAGAGCCUCAUCUCCCCACUGCGGCAACUCCUCACGCGCACGUUCCUGCGGGGCCUGCUCCCGUUGCCCCUGUUGCUCCUGUUGCUCCCGUUGAGUCUCCAGUUCCCGUUGUCGUUUUUUAUGCCCCCCCGGGCGCUCUGGUCCUCGAUGCGCCGCAUGUCUCUGUCGCCCUGCCUGCACCAGUUGUUGCUGUUGGUUCGUCGCCGCACGCGGUGUCCGCCACCACUGGCGGCCCGGGGGAGGUGGGGGGGGGCGUUGCGUCGGUUCCCGUCCUACCGAUUGCGGCAACAUCGGUGCCGUCCCCGGACGUCCUGGCGGUUCCAGAUCCCGCACCGCAUGCUGCUGCUCCCCUGGCUCAGCGUCAGCCGUCUCUAAGCCGCCGGCAGCAUCGGCCUCACUCUCCUGCGCCCCCCGUCCCCCCUCCCCCAGCUCCCUCUGCAUCUGUCGUUGCUCAUGGGAACCGGAUGCGCGUGCCGUGGGUUCCUCCUGUGGCGGGUAUGGAGUUUGUGACCGCGGCUGGAGGACCCCAGGCGAGCCAGUAUUCCUCCCUAUUGCCUGUUGCUCCUGCUCCUCCGGCUGCAUCGGUGCCAGUACAGUCACUGGUGGGUCCCUCUCCGUCAACCGUGGUGCCAGAGGCGUUGCUGGGGCAGCUAUGGCGCCUCUCUGAGGGUCUGCGGGCAGUGCACCUGAUUCAGGUGUAUGGUCACGCGGCUCUCUCCCAGGAUGUUCAUCUGGACCCUGGCCCCCGGGACGAGUGCCUGGAUGCCGCGGAUCGGCUGGCCGAGCUCUUGGCGCCCGUGUUGGCUGCGCCCGCGCGGGGUGGAGUUGCGGGCGUUGGACAGCUGGGGACGGCGGUCCGUGGUUUGCGCAAGUUUUUGCGCGCGGGCUCUGCCGUCGACUUGAUCGGCGCAACGACAGUGGUGGUGCGCGAGCUUCAUCGUUCUCUGACGGGUCUUCUCGCUGUCCUUGACGCGGAUCAGAUGUAG